AUGACCACAUGGUUAUUAUCAGGUGUUGACAUUCCGGAAGAUCUUAACAGAGCAAAAAAAAGAAAUAAUUGCUGUCUUUCUGUAGUAGUACAAAUAAUCUAUCAAAAAUUGUCAAAUUCAUUCAUACAUUCUUUGAAUGGAAAAGUUAGAAAGCUUCAUUACCCUUUGGCUUUCAAAGAAAGUUUGAACAACAAGGAUUGCAUUUGGUUACCGCCAAAAUCCUUUGUGCCUUUUAUGAUAACCAACCUUGGAAAUCGUGUAACAUUGCUUUUCAGAACCUUAUUUCCUAAUAAUUAUCCCAUUUGUUUGCAAAUACCGAAGCUCGCCAUCCCUUAUAUUGCUAGAAUGGAUUCGGCUUCGGUAUCGAGCGAGCAAAUUAAGGAAGAAACUUUUGAUGAAAAAAAUGCUAGUAGUUCGAAUGAAUGCGAUGACUAUGGGUCAAAUCCACUUCCGUCUUUCAAACCUUCUCUACCAAAUAUUGCAUCCAGAAAUGCUUCCUUGCAAUCACACGUUUCUACGCAAUCAGAACCUCACAAGUUCAAUAAAAGAUUAAGAAACGCUUCUAUACAAUCAACGCAAUCAGCACCUUCUAGUGUCUGUUUUCAUAAUCCGCCCCCUAAUAAACCACUACCCCCACUUCCUUCUUUAAAUCCUGUCUACAAAUGUGUUCAUAGUUUUGCUGAAGAAGAUACAAGAUAUUUAUCAUUUAAUACUUAUGAUAUAUUAGAAAUUCUUGAAAAAAACAAUAGUGGUUGGUGGCUAGCUAAAAAAGGUGAAAAACGAGGUUUUGUACCAUUUCAUUAUUUAGAAGAAGUCAAAGUUGCUUCAAAACAAAGUAACAUAAUUAGGCGCAAACAAUACGACUUACGAGCCCCUUUUAGCAGCUCACCUUUACAAACCGAAAUAAUUGAACAACUUACAAUUAAUGAGGCCAACUCGUCUAAAAAGUCUGCAAAAAAUUCCCACUUAGUUCAAGAAGUCAUGCUUUUCAAUGAAAGGAUCAAACCCCACAAACUGAUUUCAUCUAGAAAAUCUACUUUAAGACCAUUAGGGAAAAAUGGGCAAUGCGAGAAAUGUAAGUGUUUCAGAACCGGACGUAACUGGUGUAAAUACUGCAAUAGUGAAUAUACUCAGAAUAAUUUCGGGAAAUGGACAAGCGGUAUCAAAGAACUUGAUGAGUUUAUUCAAGCAGCGCAACUUAAAGCCAUCAAUGCUAGAUCAAUGUUAGAGUGGAUAGAUUACCAAGAAUUCACGGACGUGAAGCAUAUCGCAGAUGGCGGUAAUAGUUCGGUAUUUACGGCAAAUUGGCAUCAAGGUCCAAUACGAGCAUGGGAUACAACUGCCAAUGACUGGGAACGCGGCUGGGAUACAACUACCAAUGACUGUGAACUAGACAGUGAACUGACAAAUUUGAAUAUAAUAAUAUUGAAACGCUUAAAUAAUUCAAGAAAUAUGACAUACUUGAAAGAGGCACGUAAUAAUUUAAUCAAUUUUAAUUUUUCUUCUUAUUUCUAA